UCACACCAUCUCUACACAACUCUACGCUGCUAUACACGAGCCAAGAAGCAACAUCUGGAUUUGUUAAAGCAAGGAAAAAGGGAAAUCCUUUCAGAAGACUAUUUUCACAACUUCCAAUUCAAGAACACAUCAAGAAUGGGAUCUGCUGGAGUGCAGAUUGUGUGUGUGGCCCUUGGGAUCCUGGGUCUCGUCGGCGCCAUUGUGUGCUGUGCUGUUCCAAGAUGGAAAGUGUCGUCAUUCGUUGGAUCCAACAUCGUAACUGCCCAGAGCACUGAGGACGGCCUGUGGAAGACCUGCGUGGUGCAGAGUACAGGCCAGCAGCAGUGUAAGAGCUACGACUCCCUACUAGUCCUGUCCUCUGACCUCCAGGCUGCCCGUGCUCUGAUCAUCAUCAGCUGCAUGAUCACUUGCCUUUGCCUGCUCCUCCUGUGCGCCGGAGCCGAGUUUACUACGUGUGUGCAGAACGAGAGCGCCAAGCCCAAGAUCAGCCUGGUGGCUGGGAUCGGCCUGCUGCUGGCUGGCAUCCUGCUCAUCAUUCCCGUCAGCUGGUCUGCUCACAUUGUGAUCCAGGACUUCUAUAACCCCCUGGUUCCGCAGAAGAAGGAGCUGGGAGCCUGCAUCUUCGUGGGCUGGGCUGGAGGGGUGCUGCUGGUGCUGGGUGGAGGUCUUCUAUGCUGCUUCAGCCGAAACACCUCCAGCAGCUCAGGGGGAACUGCCAAGUACUACAGCAACAGUGCCUCUGCCCCCAGCAAGAACUACGUCUAGAGCCUUCAGCAGGUUCUUCUUGCGUAAGGUUUAGGAAAAUGGGCAUAAGGAUGGUGGUGGUGUCGAAGCAGAUAAACACGUAGAAAGGUGGAACCGUUGUGAAACAUUUUACAUUGUAAAUAUUGCUUAUUGAGUAGGACUAGUUUAGUAGGUAGAGUCUUGUGAGACCUGUUCAGAUAGGGUGUCUGGGUUUUACACUGUCACAAAACAGCAACAGAUACAAUUUCGGCUUUUAUUUUCCAUUUAAUUGUAUUUUAUAUGUUGUACAUACAUAACACUAGCUUGUUAAAAUCCACGUUCAGAUUGAUAAUCAAACAGUGAUUGUAAUUUCAGGAAUCGCAAUGUUGUAACCAUAGAUACCAUGUUUAUGUGUUGAUGUCAGCACCACUCACUGUACACAAGCAAACAGUUCAUUCCUGUAAUUCUGACAUUAACAGAAAUAAAUGGUAGGGAGCUCAGUGGUUAGAGCACUUGAUUGCAGAUCAAGAGGCAGCAGGUUCAAACUCCCCCUGUACUGUAUGUUGCUGAAUGAACAUAUUACUAUUACUUUACUUUGUCUUAUACAAUUUCAAGUGUCUUUACAUUUAAAUGUGUCUUUAAAUGUUAACACCAUUUUUUAAAUAAAAUAACUCAGAGUACUAUCAUUUUA